AUGUCAUUAACACUGGAAAUAAACAAAGAUCGAAAAUACAGUCUUAUUAUUUUAUAUGGUCCUAACGAGAAUGAUCCGAAACACGAAAAAGAUUCAUUUUGGGAAGACGUCCAAAGUGUCUGCGACGAGGCAAAAUAUCCUGUCAUAAUAUUGGGCGACCUAAAUGGAAGAGUUGGAAAUAUUACAGAAGGAACAGAAGGCUCGCUGGGCAGAUUUGGGGAAGUAACAAAGAAUACAAACGGUGAGAGACUAAUUGAAUUUGCUAUAAACAACAGUUUCAUAAUAUCAAACUCUUUUUUCGAACACAAAGAUGAACACAAAUAUACAAGAGAAGUUAAAAGUAGGAACGAAAAAUCAAUCAUCGAUUAUGUACUAAUAGAAAAAAAGCACAGAAAAUUAAUAAAAGAUGUAAAAGUAAAUAGAAAUGCUGAACUCGGUUCGGACCACUACCUAGUAAUAGCGAAGUUAGGAAUCCAGGAAGAGCCAAGAAUGAUUAGAACUUCCAAGAAAGCAAAGAAAAGCACGAAAGUAUAUAAACUAGCUGAAGUAGAAGUAAGACGAGAGUACCAGAGGCAGAUAAACACAAUGAUAAUAGAUUUGGAAAAUAGAGAUAGUGAUUACGACCUAGAACAAAUGUGGGGCUGCUACAAAGGGAUACUACAUAAAGCGGCACAGUCAGUUUGCGGAACCGUGAGAACAGGGGGAAGGAAGAAAAAGACCCACUAG